AUGCAUAUUAAAGAGAUUUCUACACGAUGUUUUACUAAGGCAUCGUCGAAUGCUCUCUCCAACACACCGCCGGGAAGUCACAAGAAGUGCCGUAGGUUCGUGUCUCUGAUCAUUCUUAGCUUAUCGCCUUAUCUCCUGCGUCGUGUAACAUUGUAUGAAGGAAGCUCUGGUGGAUUUGGAAUAGCAAAAGUGUGGUUCGAUUCCGAUUUGAAUCCGAGGGGUUUGAAGGAAGAAGGGUUCGAAAGAAGAGGACUUUUGGUGGCACUUGCUGUUCAAGGGAUUACCGGAAUAUCGCCUGUUCGAUCAAGCCGAAAAUUAAGAGAAUUUUUUGCGAAAGCGAUAAAUAUCCUUUGCAUCGAUUACAUUCCAAUAUCCAAUCUCUUCUGCAGAAAAUUGAUAAACAAAAUGGUUGUCCCUGAUUUUUCUUUAGAUUACUUGGCCGACACUUUAAUCAAUCGCCUUGAUCGAAAAAAAAUAUUUCCACCUCAGUUAAACGAUCCCGAAAACCUGUUAUCGACCUCCUACAAUAGAAUGACUCCACCCACGAGGCCACCAAAUGGUUUCCUGCUUUGCCGCAAGAAUGUUCACCAUGAGGCCAAACGGCAAGGUCAAUGCAAUAUGCGUGUGAUAAGCAAGGUCACAGGAAUUCUCUGGCGAAACGCCACGGCCGAGGAAAAAGAGAUUUAUGAAGAGCUCGCCAACCAAGUCAGUUUUGUCUAUGCCCAAAGAUAUCACGGGGAUCCACAGAAACCACCGCAACCAACCGCACCGAAUUCUUGCAUUCUUUAUUAUCCAAUCCCACACACGAACUGUAUGGACGAAGCUUAUUCUUCUUCCUACUCCAAUUGCUACCACCAUGUGCCAACCGAUUUACCCGAAACAAUGUACGAUCACGUAUAUCAUCAGCUCCAGUUCUCAUACCUCACGCAAAAUGGCUUGUAA